AAUUAGAUCUCUUUGCAUCUGUGGCCUUGCUCGACAUGGGAAAAGUUUUCUGGUUAACGCAAUCUGUUCCGAGGUUUCUAUUACUCCUUACCUCAAUCGUACAUAAAAAGGUACAAAGUCGAUAUUAAUAAAUUUAAAACAGGUCGAGGCAUUGCUAUUCGACAUGACGCCAACGGUAUUGGUAGACAAAUAUACAGGGCGAAGAAACGAGCGCAAGUUGAUCAAUAUGAUAUCAAGGAUAGCUCGAGAAUACGCUCCUUCUGUGAUUUUCAUCGACAACGGUGAAAAACCAUGGUCAAAACACGUACCUCCAGACGAGAGACACCUGAAACCGAAACGAUUUGCGCGAUAUUAUCCUAAUCUGGUGAAGAACAUCAAACGUGGCGAUCAGGUGACUUGAUAGAAAAUUACCUCGACAGAGUGUAGGUGUUCUCAAAUGUCAUAAUACAUUUCCUGCAUUUCACCCGUGGUUACUUGAGAAAAAAAGUACUUUGGUUUCGCAACCAAACGGGCUUACGCACAGUGCCUCACCUAAACUGGCGAGGAAUGUUAAAGUUGGUGAUCUGGUAGCGCCCACUUUAUGAAAUUCUUGAUAUUCCUGUUUCAACUCUUUCUCCGAUAUGAAUGAACCACCUCAAUAAGCUAGCCGGGGACUUCCCCUCUUUCUCUUACCCAAACGUCUCGAUCGUUCGAAGCUGGUCAUCAAUGAAACACCUCCUACCGAACGACCGGAACGUAGGUG